GAAGAUAGGCCCGAUAGUACGUCGCCAAGGUACUGCUGCGCUUACCUGCGUCCUUGUGCAUGGUUGUGGGUGUCCCCGGUGGUGGCAGUGGUGUCUGUCCCGCAAUCCCGUCGGCAACGCGGAUGGAUCUCGUACCGCCCGUAAUCGCUGUGCAGUGUCUUUCCGGGGUUGUGGCCAUCGUACGGAAGUGUCCCGCGGCUGUGAUUGCCGAUCUCGAGAUCAGUGAGCCAGUGAGACAGCAGCCGUGCUAGAAUUUGCUGUGCGUACUCUGAUCCCCUCUGAACAAAAAAAAAAAAAAAACUCGAGCAAUUAGUUAGUGCCCCAUUUGUGGAGCGGACCACCCGCCCGAAGCUCAGUCAGUAGGUCGCAAACGGGGGAACGGGGGGAAAAAGAAGAGGAAUUACAUCAGGGCCGCAGCUUUCCACGAACGGCGCGCACAAUGAAGCCCAAACCGCGACGGUGGUACCGCUGGUAGGAAGUGGGCGAGGGUGCUGGUGGUGUUGGUGACUGGGAGUGAAGGCGCGCAGCUGUGAAACGAGGCAAAAAAGCCGCCCAUCCCCCCUUCGGAGUGGACGACUCUGCAAGGUUGUUUAUAGUCACACACAGGGCAGGCUAAAAAUCGAUGACGAUUAGUGCCAGAAAGGGGGUACGGGAAGACUGAUACUGAUAGAGAACGGCAGAAGAAGAAGAAGAAGAAGAAGAAGAAGAAGAAGAAGGAGACCAACACAGCUAUAGUGUCACCUCGCGCACACACACACACAUAACCACAUUACACCACAAUCAUUACUAUCGCUGAAUAGCGCUGGGUGCGUCUGUUGUGCGUCGUUCGGAGUGUGCUUGGGUGUCUGUGCCUAGGCGCCUCUUCAAAAAAUUGCGCGACAAGAUCCCGGACCGGAUCACGACGGGGGUGACGAAAGCCUGGAGCCUGAUAGUGGUGGUGGGGGUCGUCGUGGUGGUGGUGGUGGUGGACCAGCAGGACGGAUCGAUUGAGCGCGGCAAAGGGAAGCGACGGACGGCGAUGGCGAGCAGGGUAGCGGUGGUGCUCGGUUUGGUACUGGCCAGCCUGAGACCGCUGGCAGUGGAGGGGAAGAUUUACAGAAACUACUCCGACAUCGGCGAACUGUCCAAGAAUCAUGCCAGCCUGUCGCUGUCCGAUAUACUGCCAACACACCAGAAAACAUACGACAAAAACCGUGCACCUAAGCUGCUAGGUCAACCGACAGUCGUCUACUUCCAUGUCACUGUCCUAUCGAUCGACUCCAUCAACGAGGAGUCCAUGACGUACGUGGCGGACAUCUUUUUGGCACAAAGCUGGCGCGAUCCGCGCCUACGGCUACCGGAAAACAUGAGCGAAGAGUACCGGAUACUGGACGUCGACUGGCUGCACAGCAUCUGGCGGCCGGACUGCUUCUUCAAGAACGCCAAAAAGGUGACGUUUCACGAGAUGAGCAUACCGAACCACUACCUCUGGCUGUACCACGACAAGACGCUGCUGUACAUGUCCAAGCUGACGCUCGUCCUGUCCUGUGCGAUGAAGUUCGAGUCGUACCCGCACGACACGCAGAUCUGCUCGAUGAUGAUCGAAAGUUGUAAGUAUGGGCAGUGCCAGGGGAAGGGAUGCAGGGUUUUACUGAAGCAGCUACAAAGGAAGAAGUUGGCGGAAGAGUUGCCCGAGGUUUGGUUUUGGUGGUUUGGUGGCCCGUGGAAUCCUGAAGCUGAAUGUCGUGCAGGCGCAGCAUUUGGAGGUGAGAGAUCUUGCUUUGGAAUGUAAGGUGUUGUGUGUUAUUAGUAGAUACUGCUAUGAAUACAUCAGCUGCAGCAAUGCCUAUCAAUAGUAUUACUGUACCCGUCUGGUAAGAGUUGUUCGGUAGCUUGCUAGACAAUUUCGCAAAGGUUCUACGCUCUGCUUCCAAAACCUGGGGACGACCUCCAAUAGUCCGUUUUUAUUCGCAAGGAUGUACCAGGUAUGCAUUCUACAGGCUCAAGUACGCAGGCAGAGUUCUACACCGCACCGCAUCUGUUUUGUUUUUGUUGUAACCAGUGACCCAAUCAGCGAUUCAGCCGCCUCAGCUCGAUCAGAAACAUCAUCACCGAGUAGCUCGUCUUCAGCAUGCUGGCGAACGUUUGCCACGACACCUCGACGAUGUCGCUGCCGCGCAAGGACAGGCUGCGCUGCGUCGCGAGCAGUAUGAUGCUGAGCGUAGUCCGGAACUCGCGCAAGGCAGCCGGCUGCUCCUUCCCGUACCGCAGCCAUUCGGACCAUUUAUCGUUGUACAGCGUCCAGCCAAUCCGCUUGUUCUACCGUGGGACGGGAAAGGAGGUAAAGAAAGAAAGGGUCACACACACAGGACUUGAUAGGCGUCCGUCGUCGUGCUAGGUACGCACCGUUGCCUGCAGUCUUCGACGAGCUUGCAGCAGUAGUACCACUCGAAGACGAGCAGCACUGAGAAGAUUGACACGCAGACCGACACAAAGUUGAGCCCGUAGUACGAGAUGAAGAAGGUGUCGAUGGCGAGCAAGAGCAGCGCGGUGUAGUACUGCACGGUGAUGGAGAAGCUGUGGACCCGGUUCACCUCGCGCACCUGUCUGGGGAAAGCAAAAUGGUUGUAGCACGCGUUUAUCUCCCAAUCUCCGCUCGCGCAACGUACUUCAGGACCACGCAGUGCUCGCGGACGCAACUGCCCAGCUCGCGGUUGAACUGCUGCCAGAGGUGUUGCGGCUCCUGCGCACCGGCGGCCUGUACGUGGCGCUCCACCCGCUCCAGCAGCCCGUCGAACGUAAAUUCCACCAGCAGCAGCUCGGCGUGCAGCACGGUCAGCAUCGUGUGUAUGCUGACGAAGGUCGCAAUGAACGCGCCGAGCCCGUUGAACGUCAUCGGGCGCAUGAUGAGGUGUAGCGUCCAGGUGAGCGGCCGGUUCGUCGCCAGCAGGUAGUCCGGCAUGCGGAAUAUCUCGUGCCAGUGCAGACCGCUCGCCUCGUACACGACGAAGUUGAGCACGCCGUACACCAUCAGCGCCAGCAUCAGCACGUUGUUGGUGCGGAAGGCCUGCUGCCGCAGUGCGUGCGCUCGCGGGUGGCCCCGCAGAAACCGCUGCCCGUUGAUGUGGUGCUGGAUCGGCUGCAGCUGGGCGUAGCUGCGGAGUAGCAGCACGUACCGCGCCACUAUGCUGGUGAGGGCGAACUGGCCGCACAGCAGGCUGAUGGCGAGCGGCGUGUUGUGCUCGAUGUACGCCACCGCCCAGGUACGCCACAGCCAGAUGAUGGCCUGCGCCGGCAGCAGCAGCUGGUAGAGCAGAAAGAGGGCGCGCAGCCAGCGCCGCUCGGUUUGCAGCUGCACACCUGCGUCGGUUGGGGUGAGUGAAGAAGAAUUGAGUGUGAAGGCAGGCGGCAGGCGGGGAAGGCGAACGGGCUACCGUGCAGGAUGAACUGGAACUUGAGCAGCACGAAGAAGUCACUGUCCCGCUGGAGGUCCAGAAUGGGGGACAGCCUCUGACGGACGUACUUCCAGAGCGUCAUCUUCUUGUCGACGGACGGCACCGUCCUUGCACUACUGACGCAGCGGCAGUGCCAUUGCGGAGAUCUUAUAUCGGGAAGACCUCGCCCAACACUGUGCAGGAUUAAUAAUGCAGGGUAGCAAAGUUUUUGGAGGAAAAGUUGAGCUCAGCUGAUGCCCUUAAUUGUAGGGUUUUCAAGUUUGUUUGUAGACUUCAUGAUGCAAUGUGUUCAAACAUGGCGAAGAAAGUUUCUUUUCACAGCGAUUAGACACGUUUAGAAAAAAAAAUGUUUGUUGCUAGGUUCUUGCAGCACAUCUACUAGUACAUUAUUCUGAGUCUCUACUAGUACAGUCUAACGUUCAUUCUGGCAUAGUAACUUCCAGGAACGGUUACGGUAGAGGUGUUGAAGCUGGAAUUGAAGAGAAACUAUGAUAUUAAUUAUUCAAUUGUAUUACUCAUCAAUUAAAAGCUCGUACGUACGCUGCUGCAAGUCUCAUUCCCCUUCAUUAGCACGGAAGAUUUUGACAGCGAAGAAAUACUCCCGCCUCGUCCCGCGUGAUUUAUGGACCUGCCGCUCGCCCAAGGUCCUGGUAAUGAUGGUCAAUCUAGGACAUGAUUUUUACGAAGCAACCGUGGCUCGUUGCUGCAUUUGACAGCACCACAUACACGGCUGGCUCGCAAUGAAUAUUCAAUUCGGAGCGUAGAAUAAAAACAAAACUCUAGGGACAAGAUAAAUCAACGCGACAUUUUGCUUGCCAUUGAUCGAUGGAUCGACGGGUACUGGCGCGCUGGGAUGAAGGUGAAAAUGUUUUGCUUGCGACUCAUUUCCUUCUACACGCCUGAUCACCAUUAGGGGUUUUCACCCGGCAGGCAGUGUACAAUAAAGUCUUUAAUUUAUAAUGCAACCCAGCGCGAUGAGACCGAAGCGAAUCGAUUGCCCAGGCAAGGCAAUUAAUUGGCCCGCCCUCGCGCGAACCGACGGUUUUUAAUUGUCGGGCAAAUGGGCCACGGGUUUUGAGCCGGCCGGAGGCGCGCUUGAAUAAUGAAGUCGUAAAAGUGUUAGCAAGUGGGACGGUGCACCGCGAAGAUGGAUUCAUUUCCUGCCCGCUUAAGUACCCGCGCGGAUGAGUAGGUUUGAUUCUUUGUUGCCGCCAUGCCACGGCAGUCCAACUGUGGCACACACACACACACAUGGGUAAACGGAUCCGCGUCUGGUUGUUUGAUUUAUUAAAAUUAAUAAACGUACUUCCAGCCGGCCAACGAAGACCACUGGUGCAUUUAGUGCUAGCAGUGGGGGUUUUUUUUCGCGCUGGAAUGUAACCUUGGCAAAGGGCUGCCCGGAAUGUGCGCCCGAGUGGCUAGGCGUGGGGCGGGGCAUUUUGGGAAACAAAGUUACGGCCGUAAAUUCGUGCAAAAUAGCGGCAUUGCGGUCCCUGUCUAGACGGGGCCGAAGUGCACUCAAUGCAAUAGUUAAAGAUUGGUGCCGUGACCAGGAUGUGAGCAGAGACAAAUCGUGCACCGAAAAUGUAUCACAUUCAUUCUGGCUGAUUGAACCUUAGAAAACCAGCAUUGGCUACUGUUACCGUUGAUGGAGGCGUCACGGCACGACGCACUGAUCGCGAAGAGUUCGAGCUCGGUGAUGACGGUGGCACGAUUUUGGGUUUUGCGUCUUACGCAUCCAGCCCGCAGCAGCGGUAGCGGCAUUAGCGAUGGGUUUCUGCGAUUUGUUGAUGGUGGUCACGCACCUGUCACGGUGACCUGAUUCGCCUGCUGUGGGGGAUGUGGGCAAGGAUGGCCGCCACAAAUGGCCGUCGUUGGUGGUUUUGGGCGGUUGACGCUAACGUUUUAAUGAAGGACCUUGCACUGGCGCGAUCGGAAGAUUUAAAGGCAUGGUGGCGAGUCGUGACGGUGAAGCUGCUAGUCGUAAAAGCUGGAGUUCAACUUGCAGUAACACAAUAAAGCUGUAUAAAAAGUAAGGAUGUGUAGAAGCUAAAUAAAACUAUAAUGUAUAAUGUAAUAAAAAAAGUAUAUUUUAGUUGAAUAACAGGGAAUGAAUACAGUAAAGGUUGGAAAUAAAAUGCAUUUUGUACAGUGGGGGAAAUUAUGUUAAGCGUACCUUCAAUUAUGAGCCAUUUUGGUGUUUGGUUAAAUCCCUACUCCUUAAGAAUUACAUGAACAUACACUUCAGAGUAAGACUUUACAAUUAUAACGCUUAAAUGUAAACUUAAAAUAACUGUAACACUGUCUUUGUUGCUGUUCUAGUGACAUAAGCAAUAAUAGCUAUUUUUAUCAUGAUUGACGAUGUAGAACACACAUUUGCUCAAAAUGUAAGCACAAUUGAUUGAACAAAGACUACAUUACAUAUACUGUGUGAUAGUUUCAAAUAACUUUGAUUAUUUCAUUGUGCGCUUCAAGGGACUAAUAACUGUUUAAGGCGCAAUUUUAUCAUGUAUUAAGCUGUCCGUUAGACUGAUGAAUGUUAACUAGUAUGUGUUGUAAAAAUGGAUUUAUCCUACUUAUGAUGUCUUAAUAAGCCAGCCAUUGGUGUAUUAGUUUCCGAGCGGAACGUAUGUCGUAUGUAAGCGUUUUAA